ACGAGACUUCUUCAAGAUACAUAGCAACAUGACGGACACCCACACUGCCCGGACGAUCGUUGGAAUCAUCGGAAACGUGAUCUCUUUCGGCUUGUUCUGCUCUCCAAUACCAACGAUGAUAAAGAUAUGGAAGAUGAAGUCAGUGUCGGAGUUUAAGCCAGAUCCGUACCUAGCCACGGUUUUAAACUGCAUGAUGUGGAGUUUUUAUGGACUUCCUUUUGUCCAUCCCGAUAGUCUCCUCGUCAUUACCAUUAAUGGAACUGGUCUUUUCAUGGAACUCGUUUAUGUCACCAUCUUCUUCAUCUUCGCUACCUCAGCUAUCCGCAGAAAGAUCACAAUAGCUAUGGUGGUUGAGUUGAUAUUCAUGUCAGGGGUGAUCUUCUGCACAUUGUACUGUUUGCAUACAACAAAACAAAGAUCUAUGCUUAUUGGGAUCAUGUGCAUUGUUUUCAAUGUUGUCAUGUAUGCUUCUCCUCUAACCGUGAUGAGACUUGUGAUAAAGACAAAGAGCGUGAAGUACAUGCCGUUCUUCCUGUCACUAGCCAGCUUCAUGAACGGAGUCGUUUGGGUCAUUUAUGCAUGUCUUAAAUUCGACCCAUAUAUUUUGAUACCAAAUGGCCUUGGAUCCCUAUCCGGAUUAGUACAACUUAUAUUAUACGCAACUUACUAUAGAACAACUAACUGGAACGAUGAAGAUGGAGAUAAAGAAAAGCGGUUUACUAAUGCUGAAAUCGAGCUUGACACUUGCAGCUAUGGAUGGUAA